GUUCUGCUGCACCCAUUCCCAUGUCAUACUUCCCAAUCACUGGCUCCAGAUUGUCUCUUUUGUAAGACUUUCUUUUCGGCCAUGGAUUGAUUAAUUCACCCGAUGGAUGCAUUUCUAACUUUCUUCUUACUUAUUUGGGUUUUGAACUUUUGAUAUGGGAAUUGUAAAAUGAAUUAAACUAUUUAUACCCCAAGAAUUGUAUCCUAAUUUGUACACCGCAAGUUUGCACUUUCACUUUGUGUCAGUGUAAUGCUAGGAUAAUUCACACAGACAUAAAAUAUACCCCAAAUAGCUUCAUCUUUCUAAGGAACAAAUUAAGCUCAUUCUUCGAAAAUGGCGUUGGCUUUCAGCUCAUCCCCCGCACUUCGCGGCGCUUUCUCCGAACGGGCCAAAGCGUCUCCGACGGGAUAUAUUCCGGCGUCGGAUCGUCCGUUUCAUCCGCCGCGGGCGGCGGUUAGCUUUUCCCGAAAGCGCUCUGCUUUGAAGCCAUUGAAUGCCGAGCCGAGCCGUAACGAGGCGGUCGUUGCCUCCGCAGCCACCGUUGCUGCACCUCCUCAGACUGUUGAUGAAGUUGAGACAACAGAGGACUAUGAAGAAUUGGCUGAUCAGCUGGAGAAUGCUUCCCCCCUUGAGAUUAUGGAUAGGGCCCUACAGAAAUUUGGGGACGACAUAGCCAUUGCUUUCAGUGGUGCAGAGGAUGUGGCUCUGAUAGAGUAUGCCCGGCUAACGGGCAGACCAUUCAGAGUGUUCUCCCUCGACACCGGGAGAUUAAACCCCGAGACUUACAAGUUCUUCGACGCAGUCGAGAAACAUUACAACAUCCACAUAGAAUACAUGUUUCCUGAUUCAGCGGAAGUCCAGGCUCUUGUCAGGAGCAAAGGGCUCUUCUCGUUCUACCAGGACGGGCACCAGGAGUGCUGCCGCGUGAGGAAGGUGAAGCCAUUGAGGAGGGCAUUGAAGGGAUUGCGCGCCUGGAUCACCGGCCAACGCAAAGACCAAUCCCCGGGAACAAGAGCCGAUGUCCCGGUCGUCCAGGUUGACCCUUCCUUUGAAGGGUUGGAGGGCGGGCAGGGCAGUUUGGUCAAGUGGAACCCGGUGGCGAACGUGACCGGGAAUGACAUAUGGAACUUCCUCAGAGCCAUGAAUGUGCCCGUGAAUUCCUUGCACUCUCAGGGCUACAUCUCCAUCGGGUGCGAGCCCUGCACCAGGCCUGUCCUUCCCGGUCAGCACGAGCGGGAAGGGAGGUGGUGGUGGGAAGAUGCCAUGGCUAAGGAGUGUGGUUUGCACAAAGGCAACCUAAAGGACAACGGAAGCUUGAACGGGGUCGGGAACGCUAGCGUCCACGGAAACGGGGGCCCACCGGAGGAAAAAGACAUUUUUGACACCAAACACAUCGUGAAGUUGUCCCGGCCCGGAAUAGAGAACAUGUUGAGAAUGGAUGAGAGGAAGGAGCCUUGGCUCGUCGUUCUCUAUGCGCCCUGGUGCAAAUUCUGCCAGGGCAUGGAGGAAUCAUAUGUUGAGUUGGCGGGGAAGCUGGUGCCGCUUGGGGUGAAGGUUGCGAAAUUCAGGGCGGACGGGGAGCAGAAGGAGUUCGCGAAGAAAGAGUUGCGGCUCGGAAGCUUCCCGACAAUACUUUUCUUCCCCAAACAUUCCUCACAAGCUAUAAAGUAUCCAUCGGAGAAGAGGGAUGUGGAGUCCUUAAUGGCUUUUGUGAAUGCCCUGAGAUGAUUUUAGUACUUAUUUGGUGUAAUGUAUAUUUCAUGUACUGCUUGUUUUUAUCUUUCAUUGAUUGAAGAAGCAUCAUAAGGGGAACAUAAAGUGUUUUGAAACAUGGGAACUUUGGGUAUUGAAUCGUGAGAACGUAAAGU